AUCCCCACAACACCAGAAUCCGCGAAUCACAGACGCGUCUAUCUCAGCUUGCUGCACUGCACUACCCUGCCCUGCCAUCAUAUCGUACGUGAGCCCGGCCGAGCGAGAGCGAGGGAGAGGCAUGGCUGCUCCGAAGCUCGCGACGCUGGCGCUGGCCGUGCUCCUGGCGGCGACCGUGGUGGCUCCCCCGGCCGCGGUGCGCGCGGCGAUGUCGUGCUCCACCGUGUACAGCACGCUGAUGCCGUGCCUGCCGUUCGUCCAGAUGGGCGGGGCCAUGCCGCCCCAGCCGUGCUGCGGCGGCAUCCGCAGCCUGCUGCAGCAGGCCAACAACACCCCCGACCGCCGCACCAUCUGCGGCUGCCUCAAGAACGUCGCCAACGGCGCCAACGGGAGCGGCACCUACAUCAGCCGCGCCGCCGCGCUGCCCAGCAAGUGCGGCGUCGCCCUGCCGUACAAGAUCAGCACCAACGUUAACUGCAACACGAUUAAUUAAGUGAUGAGGCGUCCUGUGCGCGUCCGGGCGAGGAAUGCAUGCAUGGCGCUGGCGGAGAGUAAUAAAAUAAUGCUACUGGUAUUUUAAGCUAUAUCGAGGUGUGCCUGUCUCUAGUCAUUUAUUAUGGUGUUUAGGAAUGGUCUACACAGUUCGUAACGGUGUAUCGUGGAUGCAUGUUGCCGCGAGCAGAGUACGUAGGCAUGAACCGAUGUGUGCGCUUCUGUCUGUUUACUCUCUCUAUGUAGUAAUGUGUGGGUGCUUUGAUCCAGAUGUAUUCGCUCGUGAGUCGUGGAAGUAGAUCGUUUCAGUAUCAUUACCGUGUGUUCUUUCU